AUGGCAAAAUAUGGAGAAACCAAUCUCCCCCUCACGCCCUGCUUCAUGAACGUAGUGGAGCUGCUAGCCCAAUACGCCGAGCUUGAUUGGUUGAGCAAAGUCAGACAGCGCCACGGAGUUGUACUGCCUGCAUACCCACAGGUAGAAAUAGCCGUACUGCCGGCUGCUCCGGCAAAUUCUGUCGAGGUCCGUCUCGUCGUUUGGGGCAUUUGGGUCGGCAUUCGCGAUAUCGUCACUAGGAACAGUUUCCACGAAGCUGAGUUUGACGUCCUUUGGGAUCACGAGGUGGUGGCUUAUAUUUAUUUCACGAAGCCGAUGGACCUUCAAGUCACCGGCAGCAAUGGGACUCUAGGCACUGAUGAGCCCUUGACGCUGUUGCCUAGUCCCAACGAAACCACAGGCGGCAUCCUCGUUAACGCUAACAGCACAGAGAGUUCUUCUGAUGCCUUGAACGAAGGGCGCUUCAACUGGAGGCCUUUGUUUCCACCGGACGCCAAAACCCUUACUGUCGUUGAAGUCUUCCUCACGGUCAUGGCCGGUCUGAAAAACGCAGCACCGCACCCAGCCUCUGAAAAAGUCCCCGGACCAUACGCCUCAGCCGCCAUUGAUGUCUAUGCAAAUAUGCAAUUCUAUCUUCACAAAAGAAGAAUCCCACGCACUAAGCCGCCCUUCUUUCAGUACAUUCACGUCAUCAAGUCUUUGAGAAUGGUUCCUGGGUACAUGUUGGAGAAGAAGAGGUUCUCAGAAAUGUUUUUCUCGAUGGAGGUUAGCGGCAUACCGGUGGGGGAAGGGUAUUUGAAGAAGGGUCCUUACGCUCCUCCACGCUUUGUCUUGGGGGAUAUGCUUGGGCCGAAGGACAAUGUGUCAAUUUCGUGA